AUGGCUGGCAACGACCACUACCUGACGCUUUCGUGCCCCGACAAGGCCGGCAUCGUCUACGCCGUUACGGGCCUGCUGGCAAAGGAAAACCUGACCAUUCUCGACCUGCAGCAGUUUUCCGACCCAGACUCCAAGACCUUCUUCAUGCGCGUGCACUUUGGCCACGCAGCAGACGUGUCAGCGCUGCACGCCAGCAUGGCGCAGCUGGCCUCGGACAUGAGCAUGACAUACGAGAUCCGGGCGGUGGAAGCCAAGCCCAAGGUACUCAUCAUGGUGUCCAAAAUCGGGCACUGCCUCAACGACCUGCUCUUCCGCGUCAAGUCCGGCCAGCUGAAAAUCGACGUGCCGCUCAUUGUGUCCAACCACGCCGAGUUCGCCGAGCUCGCGCGCAACAACGGCAUCGAGUUCCACCAUCUGCCCGUGACCAAGGACUCCAAGGAGCAGCAGGAAACCCAGAUCCUGGACCUCAUCAACAAGCACAACAUCGAGCUUGUCGUGCUCGCGCGCUACAUGCAGGUGCUGUCGCCGCGCCUGUGCAGCGAAAUGUCCGGCAAGAUUAUCAAUAUCCACCACUCUUUCCUGCCGUCGUUCAAGGGCGCAAAGCCAUACCACCAGGCCUACGAGCGCGGCGUCAAGAUCAUCGGUGCUACCGCCCACUUUGUCACGGCCGACCUCGACGAAGGCCCCAUUAUCGAGCAGCGCGUUGCUCGCGUCGACCAUGCUUUGAGCCCCAAGCAGCUCGUCGAGGAGGGCAGCAACGUCGAGAGCCAGGUACUUGCUGCCGCCGUCAAGUGGUGGAGUGAGAAGCGCGUUUUCCUAAACGGCCAGAAGACGGUUGUGUUUAAUUAG